AUGCCGAUGAAGCGCAGCAGCGCCGGCUCGGCCGCAGACGGUCUGGUCCUGAUCCGGUCCUUCAUCGGGACACAAGCUGGCCUCCAGCUGGAGGACGACUCGGCCGCCAAAUCAGAAGCGGAGGACAGCAACGAGACGCCGUCCUCUGAGGACGAUCCCGACGGGACGGAGCUUCGUCCAGAGCGGAGUGGGGGUCCGUCCAGGAAGACGCUCAGUCAGCUGAUCAGAGACAAGAAGAAGCAGACUCAGCUGACGCUGCAGUGGCUGGAGGACAACUACAUGGUGUGUGACGGAGUGUGUCUCCCCCGCUGCAUCCUCUACGCCCACUACCUGGACUUCUGCAGGCAGGGGGCGCUGCAGCCCGCCUGCGCCGCCACCUUCGGAAAGACCAUCCGACAGAAGUUCCCUCUGCUGACCACCCGGAGGCUGGGAACCCGGGGACACUCCAAGUACCAUUACUACGGCAUCGGCAUCAAGGAGAGCAGCGCCUACUACCACUCCGUCUACUCCGGCAAGGGCCUGACCAGGUUUUCAGGCAGCAAGCUGAAGAACGAGGGUAACGAACAGGGUGGAUUCACCAGGAAGUAUUCCCUGAGCUCCAAGACCGGGACGCUGCUCCCUGACUUCCCCACGGCCCAGCACCUGGUCCUGCAGGGGACCACGGCCCAGCACCUGGUGGACACACUCAUCAUGAUGUACAAAACACACUGUCAGUGCGUCCUGGACAACGCCAUCAACGCCAACUUCCAGGAGAUCCAGAACUUCCUGCUCCACUUCUGGCAGGGCAUGCCGGACCACCUGCUGCCGCUGCUGCGCAGCCCCGUCAUCGUGGACAUCGUCUGCGUCUGCGACUCCAUCCUCUACAAGGUUUUAACGGACGUCCUGAUUCCUGCUACGAUGCAGGAGAUGCCUGAAAGCUUGCUGGCAGACAUCCGUAACUUUGCCAAACACUGGGAGCAGUGGCUGGCCUCAUCCCUGGAGAACCUCCCAGAAUGCCUUGCAGCAAAGAAGCUGCCCAUCGCCCGGCGCUUCGUGUCGUCGCUGAAGAGGCAGACGUCCUUCCUCCACCUGGCGCAGAUCGCCCGCCCGGCGCUCUUCGACCAGGCCGUGGUCUCCAGCAUGGUUCUGGACAUCGACAACGUGGAUCUGAGCAGCAUCAGCUCUCAGCCUCUGCUCAGCGUCAGCGGAACCGCAGGACCGGAAACCGACGUGUACUCUGAGCACGACUCCCUGGCCGUCUUCCAGGAGCUGAAGGAGCUUCUGAGGAGAAACGCCACCGUGGAGUCCUUCAUCGAGUGGCUGGACUCGGUGCUGGAGCACAAGGUCAUCAAGCCUGGGAAGCAGAGCAGCCGCUCAGUGAAGAGACGAGCUCAGGACUUCCUGCUGAGGUGGAGCUUCUUUGGAGCACGAGUGAUGCACAACCUGACGCUGAACAAUGCCUGCAGCUUUGGCUCAUUCCACCUGAUCCGGAUGCUGCUGGACGAAUACAUCCUGCUGGCCCUGGAGACGCAGUUCAACAACAGCAAGGAGCAGCACCUGCAGGGCCUGCUGGAGAAGUACAUGAAGAACGCAGACGCCAGUAAAGCUGCCUUCAUGGCUUCGCCCAGCUCCUGCUUCCUGGCCAAUCGCAGCAAGGCCCCAGUGAGCACGGACCAAUCGGUGAAGAACGAGUCUCUGGGAGAACACACCCACGUGUCCCUGUCCACCAAUCAGCAGCAGAGCUUGGAAGCAAAGGCUGCGAUGUACCAAGGCGCUGACACUGCGGCGCUCAGCGCUCCAGGUACUCACCUGGACUUGUCUCAGGUUCACGGCCCCCUCAUGACGCCUCCCAUCUCCCCUGCAGCUUUAGUGCACCGAGGCUCUGUUAUCAACCAGGGACCAAUGGCAGGGAGGCCCCUGGUAUCCUCCUCCUCCUCCUCCUCCACCUCCACCUCCUGCCUCUCCUCCCUCAGUGUGGCCCAGCCCGGACCCUGCUCCUCUUACCCAGAAACCCUGGUCCACUACUUACCUCAGACCAGGCCCACUUAUUUUCCUCCGGCCAGUGGAUCCUCUAUCCCGAGCUACAACACAGCUCUCAGGCUUCAGAACCAGAAUCCUUGUGGUUCUUACAUCCAGUCCCAGUCUUCCUCUCUGGGAUGCCCCCCGUCUCGUUACCCCUCCUUCAGUGAGCAGCAGCUGAAUAAAGAGUUCUACGGCCCUCACCCUGCAGCUGCACACCCCCCUGUGGGCGGGUCCACCUGCUCGCCGGCAGCGUACGGCUCUGCGGUCCAACCCACAUCCGGCUACCCUUCAGACUCUGACCUGGUUCAGACUGAACAGGGACUGGACUCUCAGAGUCUGGACUCAUCAGAGGCGUUCGGCUUCAUGGGGACGGAACUGAACCUGGGCGGUGGGUGUCAGGGCCAGACAUAUGGCGGUUACUAUGGCGGUGGUGGUGGCUAUGGCAACAGCGGUGGUGGCGGCGGCAGCAGCUAUGGCGGCAGCGGCAGUGGCAGCUGUGGCGGCAGCAGCAGCUAUGGCGGCAGCGGCGGCGGCAGCAGCUGUGGCGGCAGCUACGCCGAUGGCUCACGGCUGGUGGAGCAACACGUGUCGGUCAUCAGCACCGUGGGAAACCUCCGCCCGUUUAACUCCACCUACUCUGAGGUCCACGAUCCGCUCAACAUUCUGGACGACCGCGGCAGGAAGGCGGCGGGAGGCUUCUUCAGCGAGGCGCACAGCGGAGCAGUACCAGGUCCCUGUUUGUUCGGGCUGCCGUCUCCAUUCGCCUCGCAGGACAGCCUGAUGCUGCAGCAGCGUGGGACGGUGUCCUCCGACCUGCUGCCUCCCAUCAACACUGUCUUCAUGGGGACAGGAGGUGGACAGUGA